CCAUCGCUCAGUGGCCUUAGGCCUCUAAAAUUGUUCACCUGCAUGGUAAACGUAUUGUUUAUUUGAAUUGCGUUUCAAAUUUAACGGCCACAGCAUGGCUACACUAUCGAAAUGCUGAACCGCGCUCAGUGUUGUAAAAUUACCACAGUCGGCACAUGUGAAAUUCAGCGUCCCCGCGUCAUCGUUUUUGUUAGAUUUUGUUCGUAUAAAUUGCAAAUAGUGCAGCCUUUCAACUGAUUGUUUCAACUAAACCGCAGCAGCACAAUGGAUGAGAAUACAGAGAACACAGAGGGAGUGCGAGUCACACGGGCACGCACACGCCGCCUGUCUGCUCUGGACACCGACAGCCGCCCCGGAACACCGCUGCUGGACACGGCAUCCGAACGCGGCACGGCCUCGCCUCGCCCCACACGCCGAACCCGUUUGAAUUCGGCCACAGAAUUGCUGCGUACUCCCACCCGUACCACACGCGCAUCGGUGGUACGCGGUGAAACCCCAGAGCCGACCACUCCAGCGUCCGUCAAGCGCGCUGCACGCACACCGGCAAAGACGACCAGAGCUGUGCGCCAGCAGCAGCCACUAAAAGAGGAGACUGUGGAGGAGCUGGAGCCCGAUGAUAAUGACAAACCAUCAAACAACCCGAGCCCCGCACCGGUGCUGGGCUCGCCAACAGGCGAGAGACGCGUCACGCGUUCCAUGUCCCAGACCCCUCCAGCUGCUUAUCGUUCAGCCAACAACACGCCACUGCCGGUGUCGGAACAGCAGCAGCAGCAGCCACUGCAACCUGAUGCCAGCAUUUCGGCUGAAGAGCAGCCGGCUGUGCCGAUAGCUAACAAAAAUAAACAAUCGACCGGCGGCCGAACGAGGCUGGCAGUUAGGGUCGAGAAUCUUUCGGCGUCGACUGUGACAGAAGCUCUCAACAAAUCGCUUGCCUCAGUGGUGCCAAAAAGCCCUUCAACGGAGUUGCAAGUGAAAGAGGUGAGGGAGGAAACCAGCAGCAGCAGCUCUCCCCAGAAAAUGGAAGCACAGGUCGAGUCACUUGCUGUGGAAAUGGCAAAGGCUGAAGACAAGCAGGCUGCUGAGAAAUCCGAGACGCAGAUUGAGUCACUUGCUGUGGAAAUGGCAAAGGCUGAAGCCAACGCCAACAUGGAAGCGGAGGCUCAGACUAAAACUCCUACUAAGAGCCCCGAGAGACGUGAAAGUGUAGAUUUAUUGGAGAAAGUGUCUGAAGAUAUAGAAACAAUCGAAAUUCCAUCUGAACUGCUCAAGAGCGGAGAGGCACAAAAAGACAAAGAGUUGGAUGCUGAGGUCGAGUUGGAGCAGAAAAUCAUCGAGAAUGCGGCAUCCAAAUCCAUCAUUGAGGACGAAGUUUUUGAAUCUCCAGCCUCUCCAGAUCCAGAACCACAACCUCUAGAUAGCAGCCCUUUAGCCCCCAAGCAGUUGUUCAUGGAAGAUAAGCCGCGAGAGGAACUCCAGCAGCCGCCCGAUGUAGAGCCAAUGGAGAAGAACAACAAUUCAGCCUUUAAGGAGCUGGCCAUGGAAGUCGAUGAAGAGGAGGAAAUUCCAUUUAAAGAUGCAGAGCCAAUCGAGGUCUCCACCACCGAUGUGAUUGAGGCAGCAGCUGAGCGCCAGGAGGAGACGCCACUGGGCAGCCACCGUCUAAGCCAUGGCUUGAAGAUCAUUGACAACGUUCAGCUGCCAGCUCUAACGCCUGGCAUCAAGGCACGUCUGCUGACAUCGGACAGCGUGGAUUCCAAGAAGUCGGUGUGCUUCGAAAGCGACUCUGCAGACGCCGAAGCCGAUAAGGUUAAGUUCCCUAAAACUCCGGCUCGUAGCAAGAGCAGACCGGCCUUUACGUUGGAUAUAUCGCAAAUGAUGGCCAAGGCGGACACUCCUACUCUGAAGCCAGAUACAGAGACACUUCAGAAGGCGGAUACUCCAUUGAAGGCAGAGACCCCACUGAAGGCAGCCGCUUUGAAGGCGCGCAACAGUUCCACACCCAUACCGAAGGACGAUCGAGAGGCUUCCAUGAGUAUGUUGAAGCCAGCUCCGGCACGAAUCGAUUGCCUAAAGCCAUGGGACCAGGUGGAGGCCGAACGCAAAGAGGAAGCAUUAAAGGCGGAGAACAAGGACAAGGACAAGGCCAAGUCAGAGCCCAAGCGCUCCAAGAAGAUUUCCAGCGUACUUCGCAUGAACAGCGACGAUGAGGAAUAUGAAGACUUUGAAUUCUUGUCCGAGUACGUUGACAACGAAGUGGAGGUUGCGCCUGAUGAUUACGUGUCUGGUGACUCCAUGGCAAGCUCGGAGCGGCGUGAACUCGAGGAGAAUGAGAUUAUCGAUGAGGGCGAAUCUGUGGGCAGCCAAGACACCGAUGAGUCCUUCGAUGAGCAGUCCGAGGGUAACGAUUCCUUUGUUGUGUCGGAUACAUCUGAAGUUGGAGAGCUGCGUUACUCCUCCAAUGAGCUCGAGGAUGAAGAGGAUGAGCACAGCGAAGAGAAGUCACCCAAGGUCAAGAAGCAACGUGCACGCAUCAUCAUAAUGGAAUCCAGCGAAGACGAGCAGCCGGAGGAUAAGCCAGAGGAGGAGGAAAAAGAGGAGAAGGAGAAGCCGGAGCAGGAACAUCCAGAAGUGGAAGAGAAGCAGCUGGCGAUGCCAAAGAAUCAAAGCGAUUGCUCCUCGAAUGCCAGCAAACUGAGCGAAGCUGCACAGAUCUUAAUUGGCAGCCAGGAGCAUUACUCUACCUCUGAGACGGAGCUCGAGAACUCGCGCCAACUCUUCCUUAACGAGAUCAACAAGUCGGAGUGCUUCAACAAGACCGCUCCACGCUUGGACAUGACUGCCAUGGAGGUGGACUCCACAGACGAUGAGGCAUCGGACAACGGGGAGACUCCAAAAGCAGACAUAGGCAACCAGAGCGUCUAUGAAGUGUUAGACUCCGAGGAAGACGAUGAGGAAGGUGCUGAGGAAGAGCAGGUCGCGUCGGAGUCUUCUUCAAAGAAUAAAUCCUCAUCCUUUGUGCGUCAGCAGAAGCAAAAGGUCAACGAUGAGGAAGCCGUGUUGGCCGAGCUGGCGUCCAGUGACCUGACACAUCUCGAAACCAUGUUCAAUCCGCUCCAGAAGUCACGCCGCCAAUCGCUGUACAUGCCCAGCCCGGAGAUGGCCGCCAAGGAGCCCAAGCUGCAGCGUCGCAGCGAACGGGGCAUGGUCAACGACUUCUGCCCCUCUCAGUCCUUUGUCGAAAUGUUGGCCGAACGCAAGAGUCAUCAGUCUAAGCGCAAGCGCUUGUCCAAGAGUUUUUCAGGCGCAGCCGAGGAGCUGGAGGUCAUGGAAGUUCGUCAAGAGCACAAACGUGCCAAAAAUACGCACAAUGAGUCAUCGGGAUCAAUGGAAGAGGAGUUGCACGUUGAAGAGCCAGCCAGCCUCGAAGAGGCUUGCCAGUCUCCCAAUAAGCAGAAAGAACAGUCGGAGGGGCAGCCCAAGGAACCAGAGAACGAUGAGGAACUCGCUGCUGCCACAGAGGAUAUCCCGCCAAAAGAGGAACCAGAAAUGGUUCAAUCAAAGAAUGAAGCUGAGAAGGCGCAGCCUUUGGGUAAAUGGUCGAAAAAUGCUCAACAUUACAUGGAGUUCUGUGACUUAAUCCUCCAGAGAGCCAACGAGGCCAAGUUGGAGCAAAAGAAACAGCAAAUAGCAACGGGCAAGAAACAAAAGAAACCAAAACGAAUUGUUUCAGAGGCUGUUCUCACAUCGGUUGUCGCGCCUCAGACAACCACUGCCACAGUCUCCUCCUCCACAGGCCACGUCCCCAAGCCAGUGCAACCCAAGAAGGAAGUGAAGCGUCUGCAGGCAGCUCGCCAUGCAGUCAGUCACGCCGUAAACUUGUUGGUCCCACAGCCAGCGGCCAGCAAAGAGCCUCGUUCGUUGGUUCGCAAAUUGUCACCGCAGCCGCCGUUGGAUGCUAAAAUGAAGACAAAGAAGAUUAUAAAGAAGAAGUCGCAGCCGGUGUCGCCAGUUAAGAGUUCUGAUGAGGAGAAUCAUCACAAGUCGUCCGUUGUCAACCGCAUCAAGACCAACGCUGGCUACGUCACCGUUGCCAUGGACGAUGCUCCAGAGCCGCGCAUCGAGCUGAUUAAGACACGCUCGGGCAUUAUGCGCGUGGAGCCCGCCACACCCAAGCAAAAGUAUUUCCGCGAGGAGCCCAACUCUCCGCCGCCAAAUCGUAAUUUCCGCGAGGUGCGCGUCCCAGCCGGCGGCGCUCACAAGAAGUCCAAGCAGCAGAAGCAGCAGCCGAAAGGAGGGGGACAUGUGGCCACAGAGAAUCCUGCCAUGCUGUCGGCGCUGCGCUUCAAGGAGCAAAUUUUUGGUCGUAAAUAAGCUCAUCAUUCACACUAGACAUUAAACAUUAGACUCUAGUAUUAUUACACGAAAUGGCAGGCGGCAGGGCAUGCAGGGCACAUUUUUUCUUUUUUGUUUUCUUUACCAUCUUUUUUUCGUUCUAUUUUGAAUUUUUUUUUUUUUUAUUUGAAAUUUCAAUGCAAUUGGAUUCGUUAUCUGUGCUUUGUUUAAUUGAUGGAAUCAAUUUAUGUUUUGCAUCUCCCCGAAGUAAAUGCAGUUGGGCCACUUGCACCUGCCCCCGUGCACCUUGCCAUAAAAGAAAACAAACUCUGUAUUAAUUUUCACCUACCACAAAUACAUUAUUAUACGCCUGUUAUACAUUACAA